UUUGUUUGCAAAACUCAUUGAGCUCCAGUCUGCAGCUAGACCCUCGUCUGGUUCUCAGUGACGUCAGCAGUAGCUUACUGGCUGUCUCAAGUAAGGAGACCGCGCCCCAUUUCCCGGGACUUGGCCACGCCCCUGAUGCCUCUAACCGGUGGAGACGUCACUGCUGCAGCCGGAGCGCGCUUUGCGUGUGUCUCGCUCCCGCGAGAGAUUAGAGCAGGCCGGGGUUAAGAUGGCGGCGCCCGUGCUGAGAGUGUCUGUGCCGCGGUGGGAGAGCGGGGCCCGCUAUGCCGUGUGCGUUCUCGGUAUCGUUAUGUCCCUCUAUGCUUUCCACGUGGAAAGAGAAAAGGAGCGGGACCCUAGCUACCAGUCUAUCUGCGACCUGAACCAUUGGGUGCGCUGCUCCACCGUCCUCACAUCCAGAUGGGGUCGAGGAUUUGGUCUUUUGGGGUCCAUAUUUGGAAAGGAUAGUGUAAUGAAUCAACCAAACAGUGUCUUUGGACUUAUAUUUUAUUUUCUACAGAUACUGCUCGGUAUGACAGUAAGUGCUGUAGCAGCAUUAGUGUUGAUGACCUCCUCCAUAGUGUCGGUAGUAGGCUCCCUCUACCUAGCAUACAUCCUGUACUUUGUGCUGAAGGACUUCUGUGUUAUCUACGUCACCACCUAUUUGCUGAACUUCAUUCUCCUUAUCAUCAACUACAAACGACUAGUUUACUUGAAUGAGGCCUGGAAACGGCAACUGCAGGAUAAACAAGAAUAAGAGGCCUCUUGAACUCUGACUCGCAUCUAAAGGACACUGCUUCCUUAAAGUUUAUUUUGCAGUACACUUCUAUUGGUUGGGGAACAGAUUGUUUCCAAGAACUGUCUUAACCAAUUUUUCUUUUUUUUUUUUAUAACUUUUGACUGAAAGGGCCCUGGAUAUGUGUUUGCAAUGGCACCUCCCAUUUGAAAUGGCUGGAUGAAGGAGCUAUGUUGAUGUUUAGAAACAAAAAAGAAAAGUGGCAAGCUUUAACUGUACUUACCAAGGUGUUUUGUUGAAUGGCACAUUCUCUAUUUUUGGUGACAUCUUUCUCUCCUUUGUGCCUCCCUCUUUGUAUUUGUAUGUGUGUCAAUCCUUCAAUGCGGGUAUUUUUAUUUUUUAAUUAUUUUUCUUUUUUAUUAUGGCUGAUUGGUUAAGAUGUGCAUUUUGUUGCCACCAUUGGUAUUUCAAGUUGCCAUUUACUCUGUGGCUGCCACUGGUAUUUCAUGUAUUUUCAGAGAACAAUAUUAGUAGCCAAAUACAUUGUCUGUCUGUUUCUAUGCAUUUUGAGUAGAAUUAAAACAAACAACUUCCCACUUGGUACAGCCACCAGCACCUUGAAGGAUUUUACUGCGUCCGAAAGCUAAGAGAAGGGGUACGUUUGAAAGCCGCAUUUUGCACUAGCUUCAGAUUGAUGCUGAAUUUCUUGCAGUCACUCACGGCUUGGCUGCAGAAUGACUUCAGAAAUGGCUUUGGAGGUCUGGUCAGCCUAGUCAGAGUGCAAGAUUUCAUGCCGAUCGGUAAUGUGUAAGAAGUGUUGACCUUCAUAUAUGUAAAGGUUUAUGGAUAUUGGCAUUACUGAUGAGAAUACAGAGUGUUGAUUUGUCAUUUAUUGCUCAAAAAUCAGUACCAGGAAAGUACAUGUGCAGUACAUUUACUUGUAGACUUUGAGUAUGUUAAGACAUUGUUGAGCUUUUCCUUGAUCCAUCAUUAUAAGGCUGCAUAUGAAACCUUAUCUGUAGGCUGUACCAUACGACUACGCUACAUUACCGGUCCCUACAAACUCUUGCAGCACUCUGUUCAGCAGGAAAUAUUAGUGUUAAUGUGUAAUCCUCCAUGGCAAAUGGAGAGUUCAUUUGUUUCUUUCUCCCUUUACUAUGCAGCUUGUGUACAAGUAGUUAUGUCAUAAUGCAACAAGACUCGUGUUAAUCCUUUAUAAGACACCAUUUAAAAAAAAAUUGGGGGGUCCACCAGAAAUAGCCACUUUUCCACGUAUUAUGGUAGUCUAAUACCUCAGAAAGGUUUUUUGUUUUUUUUUUAACCUGGCCUACGUGCUGUGUCAAAUACCAUAAUCAGUAUGUAAACCUUGUUAUUGUGCCUGAUGAGACCAUUUUUGUUGCAAGAAUGGAUCUAACUUUUAGCUUAGCAUUUGUCACUUAGCCAUAGCUUGGUAUGGACUUGAUUUUAUGAUUGGCAUUGUUUAGGUGGGGGAGGGGGGUCAGAGAUCAGUGACCACUAUAUUGUGGUGUGGGAUAUAUAAAGAGGUUCUGUGACCUCAAAAUUGUAUAGAGAAGCAGAAUUCUCUUUUUUAUGUUCUAGAAGAUGGCUAGCAAUAGUUUUUUAU